GGUUUUCUGCUAUGCACGUGCUGUCAUGUUAUUUCGAAAAUGUCAUCAAAACGAGUAAAAUUGACCGAGGAAACUGAGCAAACAGAAAACGAUAAUGUUACUGAAACAGUGCAGGCACGUUUCGUUUCGGAUACAGGAGAAGAAGCUGGUCCGCCCAUCGAUUUGCCCGCUGGAGUAACUGUGGAGCAAUUGGGCUUAAUUUGUAAUGCUUUGCUUAAGAAUGAGGAAACAACGCCGUAUAUAUUUUUCGUUGGUGAUGAUGAGAUCAAAAAGACAUUGGACACAACACUAGAUCUUAGCAAAGUGGACACUGAAAAUGUUAUUAGCAUAGUGUAUCAACCACAGUCAGUCUUUAAGGUUCGCCCGGUGACAAGAUGUACAAGUUCAAUGCCCGGUCAUGCUGAAGCUGUCAUCUCAAUUAACUUCAGUCCUGAUGGUACCCAUUUGGCCAGUGGAUCUGGGGAUACGACAGUACGACUUUGGGACUUGAAUACUGAGACACCACAUUUCACAUGUACGGGGCACAAGCAGUGGGUAAUGUAUUUAGCGUGGUCACCGGACGGAAAUAAAUUGGCAAGUGCUUGUAAAGCAGGAAACAUUAUUCUGUGGGACCCAGAAACUGGCAAACAGUUGGGACGCACCAUGGUAGGUCAUAAGAAAUGGGUAAACUGCCUAAGUUGGGAGCCCUACCAUAAAAAUCCCGACUGUCGAAAAAUUGCAAGCGCCAGUAGCGACGGAGAUUGUAGAAUAUGGGAUACAGUUUUGGGUCAAUGCAGCAUGGUGAUAUCUGGACAUACUGCGGCAGUAACGGCUGUGCGUUGGGGAGGAGCUGGUCUGAUUUAUACUUCAUCGAAAGACAGAACCGUAAAAAUUUGGCGUGCAAGCGAUGGAGUACUGUGCCGCACUUUCACAGGUCAUGCACAUUGGGUUAACAACAUAGCGCUUAAUACAGAUUAUGUUCUUCGAACUGGGCCUUUUCAUCCUGUAGCCGAUCGUAGCAAAAAAUAUUGCGAUUUAAAAAAGGAGGCAUUACAGGAUAUGGCUUUGCAACGUUACAAGAAAGUGUGUCCCGAUGAUAUUGAGUCUUUGGUGUCCUGUUCUGACGAUUUUACUUUGUAUUUAUGGGUUGGCAAUCAAAAUAAAUGUAUACAACGAAUGACUGGACAUCAAAAUGUGGUGAAUGAUGUCAAGUAUUCGCCAGAUGUGAAACUGAUAGCGUCGGCCUCAUUUGACAAGUCAGUGCGCUUAUGGCGAGCAAAAGAUGGCCACUUUCUUUGUACUUUACGAGGACAUGUUCAAGCAGUCUACACGCUAGCAUGGUCCGCGGACUCUAGACUACUUCUCAGUGGGAGUAAGGAUUCUACAUUGAAAGUGUGGAGUGUGCAAACAAAAAAAUUAGCACAAGAACUUCCUGGACAUGCGGAUGAAGUUUUCGCCGUAGAUUGGGCCCCAGAUGGAUCAAAAGUGGCCUCUGGGGGUAAAGAUAAAGUUGUAAAAUUGUGGGCUUAUUAAUUACUUUAAUUUUAUGUAAAUGCAACAGUUACCAUUAUUUUUAAAAAUAGCGGAAAUAACACAUUUUAUAUAGACCACAAUGUACAUUAAAUAUCUAUAGAUCUUAAA